CAUUUCCGUAUUCGAACAAACAAAACUCAAAUCUGAGCGUUAAAUCUGGGAGUAAACUAUCAAAUGGCACUGCUUCCGUCGAGGGGAGUGGUGAUUUCAGUCCCAGUUCUCGUACUAUCUGUUGCUGCCGCCACAAUUUUCCUAUUCUUCCUUCUCUCUUCCCUAUCUUUCUCCCCUCCGCCUUGCACUUGCCCUAUUCCCGCCUCCUCCUCCAGCAUCGGUAGCUCUGGCGCGGACAAUAAUAAUGUAAGAUUUGGAGAUCGGAUCUCGGCUUCAGCAGAAGAUAUAGAAUGGGUGAAGAGUCAGAUCGAAGCCAAUGGGUUGCAUAUGCAACAGAAUGUGUUGCGUAAAGGCAUUAAUCCUCGCACUCGACAACAGCAGCUGCAAGAUCUCCUGCAGUUCAAAGGCAUAUCACACUAUGAAGGAGAAGAAGCAAACAACCACACUGCUCUGCCUUGUCCAGGUGAACUACUUGUAGAAGAACACCAUAGCAAUUAUGGAGAGCCCUGGGCAGGAGGUCGAGAUGUAUUUGAGUUUCUUGCUGAUUCUGCCCAUCUAACACCAAACUCAAAAGUUCUUGAGAUUGGAUGUGGCACGCUGCGUGUUGGCUUGCAUUUCAUAAGAUACUUGAAUCCAGAUCGUUUUCAUUGUUUAGAGAGAGAUGAGCUAUCUCUGAUGGCUGCACUUAGGUACGAGCUUCCAUCACAAGGCUUGUUGUACAAGCGCCCUCUGAUUGUAAAAGGUGAAGAUAUGAAUUUCAGUAAGUUAGGAGAUGGAGCCAUGUACAGUUUGAUAUAUGCAAGUGCUGUGUUUCUUCAUAUGCCCGACAAGCUUGUUUGGAUUGGAUUAGAGAAGCUAGUAAGCAGACUGAAACCUUUAGAAGGCCGGAUUUUUGUUUCACAUAAUAUAAAGUUUUGUUCACGGUUGGGAGGAGAAGAAUGCACGAAAAGGUUAAAUCAUCUGGGGCUUGAAUAUCUUAGAAAGCACACGCAUGACAGUUUGCUUUUCAACCACUAUGAGAUCUGGUUUGAGUUCAGGCGAUUUAAGGCUUAAAAUGUGGAAUAGAGAAUCAUUUGUGGCCUUCUUGGUGUAAUUUGUAGCACGCAACUAACUUCCUUGGACACUCGACUAGGAGCUACCUCAUUCUGUAAUUAGCUUCGUACAGAACCAGAAAGUUGUAUGCCAUUCAUAUUUGCAAGCCGGUGGGACUUGCCAUUUGUUUUUGAGAGGGUAAAGCCCUUCUCAAUGUGGACUAAUGAGAAGUGUUAUAAUGGGCAAGUACCAACUACAACAUGCUUUUGUACUUGCAUUUCCUUUAGUUUUGCUAGAUUCACCUUCUAUUUAGAGCUAAUCAGCAAGUAGAUGUUUUUUAAGAUAUACUUUCACGAUGAUCUUCAAGUUUGUUGUUCACCAAUGUCUUGCUUUAAGAAUUUGGUUUCUGCAA